AUGACGAACUCAUUCUUUCAGACUCACGUACACCCUGACGAUGUCAAAUACACUGCUGUCACAACACCAUUCGGCCUCUACGAAUGGCUCGUCAUGCCCCAGGGUUGCCGCAAUGCUCCCUCUACCCACCAGUGUCGGAUGUUUGCUGCACUCUGCCCACUGAUAGGAAAGAUCUGCCAUGUCUACCUAGAUGACAUAGUCAUCUGGUCCCAAACCUUUGAGGAACACCAGCGAAACAUUCGCACAGUCCUCCAGGCCCUGCAAGACCACCAGCUGUAUUGCUCUGACAAGAAGACUUCCCUCUUCUUGACAAAACUCUCCUUCCUCGGGCACAUCAUCUCCGCUGAAGGCAUUCAGGCUGAUCCCGCGAAAGUUGACAAAAUUCUCAAUUGGUCAACACUGCGCAAUGCGUCUCAGGUCUGCGCAUUCCUCGGCUCGGUCCGUUACAUCGCCCCAUUCCUUCCUAAACUUGCGGACCACACCCAUGUGCUCAAUGCGCUCACUAUGAAAGAUGCAGAACUCGCAUUCCCUGCAUGGACCGAUGUUCACCAGUCUGCCUUCGACGAUAUCAAAUCGCUUGUCUGCAGCCGCGAGGUACUCACCACCAUCGACCAUGAUAAUAUGGGUAGUAACCGUAUCUUCGUGUCGUGUGAUGCCAGUGACUUCCGUACCGGUGCACUUCUCUCCUAUGGCGAGACACUGGAGUCUGCAUGUCCCAUGGCCUUUGAGUCCUGUACCCUUAAAGGUGCCGAACUCAACUACCCCGUCCAUGAGAAGGAACUCCUAGCUAUCGUCCAUGCUCUCAGAAAGUGGUGCAUCAAUCUCCUCAGCGUCCCUUUCACUGUCUACACUGACCAUCGCACCCUGGAGAAUUUCUUCCACCAAAAGGAACUCUCCAGAUGA